GGCAACACGACCUGUCAGCUGAUUUUCGGAGCGGCUAUUAUCAGUUGUUGUUUCAAAGGUCUUCACAUCAUUUACGGUAACAAUCACUCUGAUGCGUAUCAGUGCAUUCGCACACCAGUUGCACUCGCACGAUAUGCGCUGAGACAAGACUAGACUGCCGAGAAGACGUACUAAUUGGAAAUCAAGCUCGCGAAAACGAUAUCCGGAGAAAGGCGAACGAUGAGUUUGCAGGCGGACGUGAGAUCAGGAGCCCCCAAAGCAACUAAUAAUGAAGUUUCGACAACAAAAGUAAUAACUGUUGGACUCAUCUUUGUGGCCUCAUUAACUGCAUUAUUUUAUGUAUACACGAGUUUUCCAGAAUUAGAAGAAGAUGAAAGGCAACAUAUGAAACUGCCACGUCAUAUUGAAGAUGCCAAGAAUCUGGGAAAACUCUUAGAACGAUAUAAGAAUUUAUAUUACUUCCAAGUACUAGCUGGUCUGUUCAUCACUUACAUCUUUCUGCAAACAUUUGCUAUUCCUGGCUCCAUUUUUCUUUCAAUCCUAUCCGGUUUUCUGUUUCGCUUUCCAAUCGCGCUGCUACUCGUGUGCACAUGUAGCGCGAUCGGCGCCUCCCUAUGCUAUCUUCUGUCCUCGUUACUGCCGGGCAGAUGGUUGCUGUAUCGAUACUUUCCAGAAAUGGCAGAGAAAUGGACCAUCACGGUGACCAAGCAUCGCGAUAAUCUGCUAAACUACAUGCUGUUCUUGCGAAUCACACCGUUACUGCCAAAUUGGUUCAUCAAUUUAGCCAGCCCAGUUUUCGGUGUGCCGAUAAUACCGUUUACCGUCGGCACUUUCUUCGGCGUCGCGCCGCCUUCCUUCAUCGCCAUACAAGCUGGUCAGACGUUGAAUAAACUCACAUCAUCGAGCGACGCGUGGUCGUGGAACAGUGUAAUCAUAUUGUGCGUGUUCGCGUUACUCUCUCUACUACCUGUGCUGUACAAGCAAAAACUCAAGCAGAAGUUCGAGUAAACGCCAGAAUGUUCCAUUGAUGAUGUCCUCAUGGUAACAUUCCGAUAUUACACGAGAAAAGUUUUCCGAUCGCAUUCGUGGAGCAAAAUACUCUAUUAUUAAUAAUCUCUUAGGAAAUUGAAGAAAAUUAUAUCAAAUGCAUAUAAUAUUGGGAUUAGGGUCCGCUUUCUUGCACCGUGUAUGCAAUCGUUUGCAUUUGGACACAUAAAUUAUACAAAAUAAUAUGACAAAUUCCCGCGAGCACAAAUUUCGCAUAACUUAUUUAUUGUUGUUUAUAAUUUAUUUCUACAAGCGUAUCUUAGACCAUGUGAAGAUAUUGAAAAAAUGUAAAUAUAGGCGAAGAUGAAAAUCAAUUAAUUUUAUUGUGUCUCAAGUAUACCUAUAUUUCAGACAAUAUUAUACCAGGGAAUGAUCUCAGGAAAUUCUGUGUUAGUAGGAUGCUAAAUUUUAGUUUUUUAUUUCAUGCAUUAUCAAAUCAAAUAAUACUCGAAGUAUCAAUCGAUAAUCCACUUGAAAUUUAAAUCUGCAAGCAAUCUUAUACGCGUGGAUUAUCAAUGUUCAAAAUUAAAGCAAAUAAAAGAAACAUGUAUAAUAGAUAAACUCAAUAUAUCAAAUUUUAU